UCAAAAGUCGACUGGAGGGCAGAGGAAAGAGACGUGUUCAAAAAGUUUACUUAACAUUAGAUAAAAUCCUGAGUUUUUUCUACAGUCUAAUAACACAAGAUGUCAUUCUGUAGCUUUCAAGGAGGUGAGGUAUUUAAAAAUCACUUUAAACCUGGUAUGUACGUGUGUGCCAAAUGUGGCUACGAGCUGUUUUCCAGUACAUCUAAAUACGAGCAUUCCUCCCCGUGGCCAGCCUUCUCUGAGACCGUCCACAAAGACAGCCUGUCCAAGUAUGAAGAAAGAAAGGAUGCGCUUAAGGUUUCCUGUGGAAAGUGUGGGAAUGGUCUGGGCCACGAGUUUCUAAAUGAUGGGCCCCAACGCGGGCAGUCGCGUUUCUGAAUAUUCAGCCACUCGCUGAAGUUUGUCCCCAAAGACAAAGUCGAUGGUGCUUUGGUGGGACAGUAAGGUGAGCGCUAGUACCCACGUUUGAAGAACAUCAAUAAAAACAUGAACGUCUUGUGCUUUGGAAGUGUUUAGUCAGUGUAUGAAGUACCCUGGGUAAACCCCAUUUGGGACAGCUAUGGUAUGGAUGAAGGGUUGAUUACACUCCAUGAGUUUAAGAUGUUCUUUACCUAAGGUAUGCAGAUCUUACAAUUAUUUUCCAACCUGAAUUUAAUGCACAGUCUCUACAUGUGAAAAGUGUAGAGAUGUUCUCGCCUUUAUCAUGCUGUUUUUAACUAUUCAAUAAGGAAAUAACUUGGGAAACUGCUUUUCUGGGCUUUUAAAAUCAUGGGCACUAAUGGGCAACAGUAGCUAUGCAUAAUAAAAUAUACUAAUAAACAAUGACCUGUUAUAGUAACAAUACAAGUAUACCAUGCUGUUACAAGUUUAGUGGGAGGAAAUCUGGAAGUGUCCUGCAUAUGUCCUGAACAGGUUGUGUUUUUGCCAGCAUUUCUAUCUUGCAGCAUAAUGUAAAUUAUUAUUUAAUACAUGUUUUCAUACUUUUUAAUAUAUAUAAAAUCAGUCUUCAAAUUUGAAAAAUACAGCAUAACCUGUUUUCCAGGGAUAAGAAAUAAGACUCUGAUUGCAUAGCAGCUUGAUCCAUUCCUGGUUUUACUAUGAGUUCAAUAAGAUACACCGAGUGUGUUAGCUACAGUUUACACUGUGGCUAAUCAAGCUUGUAUUAAAACGUGGAAUGUAUGAAAUAGCUUUGCAAUAGGACUCUUAUUUCCGUCCCUGUUUUUAGAGAUUUUUUAAAUUGGUUUAUAGUGCCUCCUGCUAGCAAAGGUUAGAAAUACAGAUUAGAUACUAGAUACCAAAACAAAACAAAAAAAUCAAUUUGGUAACAGAAUUAAAAUGCCUUUUAAAACACAUUCAUGUUUCACGUAUCAUUAUAGUAUUAGAAAGUGCACAUUUUUGGACUUUUCUAGUCGCAAGAUUGUGGUUGCAUUGUUAGAUACAUAGGACAAGUAGGCCCUAAUGGGUUAAGACUAGUAUUAAUAGAGCGUGUAUCCACAUACCGUAACUUGAGACAGCGUAUCUUCUCCAUGUGGUACUUGAGCAAAUUGAACAAAGGUUUACAUUAUAACCAUGCAUUUGUAUUACUAAAAAGCAAAUGUAUUCAAGAAAAUCAUGCAACACUAAAUAUGUAAAACCGGCUUGUUUUCAGUUUUGCUGUUGUGUUAAUUCUGAAAUACUUGAAUAAAAAAUGUAAUACUACAAUAUCAUAUGUAACUCCUCUAAUAAAAGCAAGUGACUGUUUUGUUCUUA